AUGCUAUUCCAUCUCAGACAUCUGGAAGGAGAAUCAGAUGUCCGAAGUGGUUACAUAUAUGUUCAUAUUGAAGGUGAUUCUGUUGAAGUAAGGGAAUCUUUCUUGGGUUUCUUUCCUAUUGCUGGAAAAACUGCAAAUGAGCUCACAAAGGAUAUCCUGAGUAAUUUGGAGAGUGAUGGACUGGACAUUAACUUUUGCCGCAUUCAAGGAUAUGAUAAUGCUGCAACUAUGGCUGGUAUUCAUGGAGGUGUUCAGAAGAAAAUCAAAGAAAUAAAUCCAAAGGUUUUGUUUGUACCUUGUGCCAAUCAUUCCUUGAACCUUUGUGGGGUACACUCUUUUGGAACCAAUCCUUUAUGUGUAACAUUCUUUGGAACUGUAGAGAAACUUUAUUGCUUUUUUUCACUUUCAACUCACCGAUGGGGAGUACUAAAAGAAAAUAUGAACCUGACAGUCAAAAGACUUUCUCAGACUAGAUGGAGUGCACCUCAUGAUGCCAUAAAGCCUCUCAAGAAACAAUUUGAGAAGCUGAUCAUAGCCCUAGAAACAUUGACGGAUCAAAGAGAAAAUGUUGACACAAGAGGAUCAGUUGAAGUUUUCCUUAAAGCUGUAUGUGAUUUUUAUUUUUUGGGUCAUCUUUCUUUUUGGUGUGAUGUACUGGAAGAAGUGAAUCUCACACAGAAGUAUUUGCAAACAGAAGGAAUAAGUCUUGAAAAGUGCACUGUAAAGCUCAAUGGUUUGAAAUUGUUUCUUCGAGGUCAGCGGAAUGAAAUUGUGGAGAGAGCGAUUCAAUAUGCAACUACACAAUGUGAAGAAAUGGGCAUCUCCAUGGAAACAAGAGGGAGGAUAAGACGUAAGAAAAUGAUGCCAGGAGAGAUGGCUAGGGAUGCAGGACUGACAAUGCAAGAGGAAAUGAGGAGAUCAAUGUUUGAAUGCUUAGAUCGAUUUAGUCUAGAAUUGGAUGCUCGUUCAGAGGCCAUGGAUAACAUCUUGUCAAUAUUUGCAGCUAUUCAGCCAAGCUACUUGCUUUCUGCAAAAGAAGAACAACUUCAGGGGAGUAUUUCAAAUUCAAGCAUGACCAAGAUUUUUAAUGAAAUUUCUGAUGAGGAUGUCAUGAUAGAAAUUAUGCGGCUUCGCAGACACAUGGAGGCUGCCAAAAUCACACCUGAAGAAGCAAAUAAAUGGACAGUCUUGCAGUUCCUGAAGUUUAUUGUCAAAUGGGACUUUUGUGAAACCUUGCCAAACUUGUCAUUGUGCCUGAGAUUCUUUUUAACAAUAUGUGUGUCUGUUGUGUCAUGCAAAAGAAGUUUCUCUAAACUGAAUCUCAAGAAUUAUCUUCGUUCUAGCAUGACUCAGACAAGAUUGAACAGCCUAGCUAUGAUUUCUAUCGAAAAUGAAUGUGCCAAGACAGUUAAUUUUGAUUAA